CCCGGGCGGGGCCGGAAGCGAAGCGAGGGGCGGAAGUUCCCCGCCCGGCGCUCCCGCUCGCUCCGUCCGAGGGGCUCGGUCCGUUCAUGGAAGAGAUGUCGGGAGAGAGCGUGGUGAGCUCAGCAGUGCCGGCGGCCGCGACACGCACGACGUCCUUCAAGGGGAGCAGCCCCAGCUCCAAGUACGUGAAGCUGAACGUGGGAGGGGCCCUGUACUACACCACCAUGCAGACCCUGACCAAGCAGGACACCAUGCUCAAGGCCAUGUUCAGCGGGCGCAUGGAAGUGCUCACGGACAGCGAAGGCUGGAUCCUGAUCGACCGCUGUGGGAAGCACUUUGGGACCAUCCUGAACUACCUGCGGGACGGAGCCGUGCCGCUCCCCGAGAGCCGCCGGGAGAUCGAGGAGCUGCUGGCUGAGGCCAAGUACUACCUGGUGCAGGGGCUGGUGGAUGAAUGCCAGGCAGCCCUGCAGAACAAGGACGCGUACGAGCCCUUCUGCAAGGUCCCGGUGAUCACCUCCUCCAAGGAGGAGCAGAAGCUGAUUGCAACCUCCAACAAGCCAGCUGUGAAGCUUCUCUAUAACAGAAGCAACAACAAAUAUUCCUACACCAGCAACUCCGAUGACAACAUGCUGAAGAACAUUGAGCUCUUUGACAAGCUGUCCCUGAGGUUCAACGGGAGGGUGCUGUUCAUCAAGGAUGUCAUUGGGGAUGAGAUCUGCUGCUGGUCCUUCUACGGGCAGGGCCGCAAGAUCGCCGAGGUCUGCUGCACCUCCAUCGUUUAUGCCACCGAGAAAAAGCAGACCAAGGUGGAGUUCCCAGAAGCCCGAAUUUACGAGGAGACCCUGAACAUUCUGCUGUACGAAUCCCAGGAUGGGAGGGGGCCGGACAAUGCCCUCCUGGAAGCCACAGGAGGGGCUGCAGGGCGUUCCCACCACCUGGAGGAGGACGAGGAGCGGGAGCGCAUCGAGCGCGUGCGGAGGAUCCACAUCAAGCGCCCGGACGACAGGGCCCACCUGCACCAGUGAGCCUGGGGACCCCUGCAGCUCUGGGGAAGGGGCUGCCCUGCAGCAGGACCAGGCAGUGCAAGUCCUGUCCAGCACAGUCUGUAAAUUGUGAUUUUGUAACAAACUCUAGGUUAUUUGGGGUAUUUAAAUGCGGUAGUUGUAGGGCGAGGAUCAAUGAGGUUACUGGGCAGCCUGGAAGGGCCUGUUGAGCAGCUGGAGAAAUGCCCGGAAUUUUUAGCACUCUUGUCGUUACUGUUUUGUGCUGGAGAGGAGGAGGUCUGGCUUCCUGUGGCUUUGGUAAUGAUCCUGCACUUUAAAACCAAAACAACAAAGGAAAGGUUAGCCAGCCACCCUCCUUCCCUCCAGGCACUCCCUGACCCUCCUGGGCUGGGGGGAAAGGCAGGGACCUGGACCCAGAGGUGCUGCACAGCUCUCUGGCUACUGGGAGAGAGCUUGGGAGUGCCUUGGGUGACUCCCCAAUGAACAAAUGGCACAGACUGAUGAGAUUCCUGGAGUGCUGGGGGCAGACAGGCCCCUCAGAGCAGUGGGAGGGAGCAGGGGCUGCUCCCUCGGGUUCCCCACAGCUCCCAGGAUCUGCUCCUCCAAGGGUUCACUGGAGCUUCUGCAGCAGUGGGAGAGCUGGGGACACCCACCCCUGUUUUAUCCCUACGGUUCAAGGUUAAAAUUCCUCCCAAAGGAGGAGAAUCAGGAGCAAAUUGUCCAUGGUUCCUUUCCCUAGGAGUGGUGUUGGUACUGGUCAGUGCUUAGAGCUUCUGCCUGAGCCUGGGUCUCAGCUGGGGGCUUGGUUUCCAGCAGCUCCCAGGUACCAGGAGUCACAGCAGGUUCAGUCCUCCCAUGCUGGGGGGUGUUGGUGGGAGGCAGCAGCCCUGGCUCUGGAGCUGAUCCAGGAGCGUUGCCUUGCUCUGAGCAAGGGGAAACAGAAGCAGGCAGUGACCCAGAGGCAGAUAUUCCCUGUUUGACUUUAUCCUGAGGUUAUUCCAAGUCUUCCCAGCCAUGGCAGCUGUGUGUGGAAGGGCAGAGCAUGGAGAAGGCCACUGGCACUGUGGUUUUCUACGAGUGCUUUUCUCUUGUCAAUGAAUAUUUUAUCUACCUCCUUGUCUCCUGUUGCCUGUUGUGGAGUCAAGUGACAGCGGUGGUGGGAGGUGGGAUGUCAUUCCAUAGGGCUGGCAGCAGAGCCACAGCUGUGACAGUUCAGGUCACCAGUCCUGGGAGGGAGAGAAACCUGAGGUAGGAAGUGUUAAACUUGCACUGCAGCAGCACCCGUGGGUGACACCGGAGCACUUUGCCCUGGGCUAGAGUUUCUUUUGACCCUUUCUCUGGAAUAUUUAGCACUGGCUUUAACAGCCACACUCCUCUGGAGCAGCAGCUCUGUGUUCCUGCUCCAGGGAUCCCUGCUCCUGGCUCAGGGCUGCUAAGGACAUGGGAACAGUGUCAAAACCAAAGGUGCUGCAGCAGCACCAGCCACGUUCUUCUGUUCCACAGAGCUCGUUGGUAGAGGCUGAAACACACCAGAAAGUGGCUGUACAGUUUUGGAUCAUCAAGUAAAGCUCAAAGAUUUCCAGUUUAAUCUAAGGUCAUCUUUCUAGUAACCAAAGACUUCUCCAGCUUGCAGGCAGCUGCAGGCUGUGGCAGGUGGAGGUGUUACACUUCUCUCCUCUUUCUCCUGCAGCUGCUGAGAGCUCCACAGUCUCCCUGGGGCUCAGCAGCUUCAGCUCUGUCCUGACACCUCAGAGGGGGAAGGAGCCAGUGUCUCUCCCCUCAGGGCUGGGAUAAGCUGAGGGUGAGGCAGGGAAGUCAGUGAGGCAGGGAAGUCCUGGAUUGCUGUUUCUCCAGCACUGUGUACUUUGACACUUCCUGGUGAUUACUGGGCUGUUACUGGGCAUUUCAGCAUCUGCAACAGCCCUGCUGCCCUUGGCCAUGUCUCAGCAGAGGGUGAACAGGGACCAGCACCAGUCCUGCAGCAAACCCUGCUCACUGCAGCUGGGAGCUGCUCUCCAGCAGGCUCGGGGCAGCUCAUCCCCUGGCUGUGCUGUCCUGCAGAGCCCAGACCAAAUCCAGUCCUGUGGAGCAGAGCAGCUUCAGCCCCAGGAGGUGACACCAGUCCUAAGCCCCUGACAGGUCACAGCUAUGUGAUUAACUUCUCUGUAAAUAGAUCCUUAACUGGCUUCAGGCUUUUCCCUUUCAGGUUAUGCAAACUAAGUUCUUAAAAAACAGGGGAGGGCUGUUUUUAAUCUUUGUACAGUGCUUUGUAGAGCUGUUGGUUUAAUGAAGUCACUCCAGGAGAGUUAAAGUUUCAAUUUCAGUUUUGUUACUGCAUUUUUGGGCAGACUCUGCCUUAAGUCACUCCUGAGCUCAUCCUCAGGGUGCAGCCAAGCUGUGCUGUCCUGGGGACUGUCCUUUACCUGCUGCCCUUGUCCUUGCUCUGGGCACACCCUCCUCAUGCCCUUGCACAAAUGCUCUCAGUCCUGAGCCUCGUUACUCUAAGUGGUUUUACUCUGAGCUCUCAGGUGCAGCUGGGACUCAGGGCAGGUGUCCUGGGCACAAGCAGCUCUUCAGAUUAUCCUUCCCUGCCUCCCAGUGCCAGGGAGAGCAGAGCUGGCUGCUUCCAUUCUCCAGCACCAGCAGUGACAGCACAGCCCAGGGGAGCUGAGCAAAGUCCCCCUGGGGAUGGGAUUUUGUCCCCUCCCAGCUCCUGACACGGGUGGGGCUGCACGAGGAGGGGACAGGGACCAGCUCUCCCCUUCCCACCUCUCUCCCUGCAGCACCAAAGCAGCUGCUCCUGCACUCCCCUGAGGCAGGUUUGGAUGCCCUGAGCCACAGCACUUGGGCAAGGCUCCAAGCUCCCAUCCUACCUUAGAGCAAAGCGUAGGUAGAACCUUUCAGUCUUAAUGGAAUUGUUUCGUGGACAACAGCAAAUUCCUGUUCUGUACAAUCAUUCCCACCUGUCCAGACUUCUGCACAGAACAAGCUUCAGCUGGAUUUCAGUGUAUGGUUGAUGUUUGCAAUAUGUACUGUUGUUUUUUUAAUAUAACACAAUAAAUUAGAAGAUAUUUCAUAUUUA